AUGUUCUGCCGUCUGGUGGAAGAGCAGGAGCAGGCGCAGGAUGGAAAGAAGAGAAAGCAGCGAGAAUCGACCCCACUUGCAAUUUUGACAUUUGAGUCUUCCACCCCUCCAUCACUGCCCGGGCUGUUAAGCAUAGUACGUACCCCUGGUUCAGCUGACAUAAGGCGACAGGAUCUGGCCGUGAAGCUGUUAGUGCUCGGCCGCGGCACACCACCACAAUUCCGCAACGCAGCCUAA